AUGGAAGAGUUAAAGGGCCUGAAUACAAAAUGGGCUUCAACGUUAAUGUAUCAACAUCUUCUUGCAGCUGCUGAUCGGUAUGGUUUAGAGCGGCUUUUGAAGCUAUGUGAAUCUAAUCUUUGUGAAGAUGUUGCCAUUAAUACCAUUGCAACAACAUUAGCUUUAGCUGAACAACACCAUUGUCUUUGGUUGAAGUCCGUCUGUCUUAAAUUCGUCGCGUUGCCUGAAAAUCUCAGAGCUGUGAUGCAGAGCGACGGGUUUGACUACUUGAAAGAAAGUUGUCCAGAUGUUUUGACCGAGCUUUUGGAACACGUGGCUCGAAACAACGAGCAUUCUCUUGCCCUAUGCCCUCACCCAAACGCGACCAUACUUGAUGGAAGUGAUGUUCAUGGUAGAAGGGUGAAACCUAGAUUGUAA